UCUAGGCCGAGGCCGUAUAUUUGAUCAAAGAAAUCGCUUGUCUUCUGUUCACUGCAAUGCGAUAUGUUACCACGCCGAGCGCCAGCAUCGCUGGAGCGUUCUGUCAUCUUUUGUGUUUGUAAACAUGGCUGCUAAAUACAAUUGGUGUGUGGCGUCUACCACAAAAUUAAUUGAAAUGUACGAAGCGGAUGAGGCGCUUUACAAUGUGAGGCACCCUGAAUAUAAAAAUAGGUUAAGAAGAUUGGAGAGUUAUAAAAAUAUUGCAGAGAUAAUCAGCCGAGACAUACGGCCAGGAUGUACGGCCGAGGACAUAAAAAGGAAGAUAAAUGGCCUCCGUACUAGCUACUCGUACGAGAAAGCAAAAAUGAAUAAAAGCAAAAGUGGAGCCAGUGCGCAGGCGGCGUAUACACCACAAGUGUACUGGUUUCAAAUGCUGAAAUUUCUAGACCAGUCAACAGAGGCCGACGAGAGUAUGUGCAAUUUGGAGAGCACGGAAAGUGAAACUGGAAGUGAACGUGCCACACCGACGUUUGAGGAAAUGUUAGCGCAUGAGAUGCAAGAGCCUGUCGCAUGUAGCGAGGCACAGCCACAGCCCCUGCGUCGAGAGUGGCCUCCCACUAAAAGGAGGAAAGUCGCGCCAGACGUGGCAACUAACGUCAUGCAGGAGGCCAGCAGGAUACUUCAGGCUAUGGCUGAUGCUGCCAGAACCAUGCCUGUCCAUGAUGACCGCUAUAGUACCCUUGGCGCCCACAUCGCAGCAGAACUGCGUGAAAUGGAAAGAGUGGGCGGCAGGGAAUACACCACUGCCACUAUGCACAGUCUGCAGCGGACAUUAAUGGACAGCUGGUCGGCAGGAGCAAGACGGGAGUCAUACGGCGACGGCAGCGUCCAACAGCUCGGCUCGCUGCUCCUCGCCAAGUUCGAACAGCCAGCGAAAGCUGAGAGCACGUGUUCAGCUGAAGGCCAGACUGGAUCAAAGAGAAUGACGCCUCCGCCAGCGCGACAACAAGCUCCUGGCCACCCACGCCCCUGCCAGAGUCUCGCUUCUACAGCCCAUCUGAUCUCCAAUGAGCCUUGA